AUGUAUUAUGAGGACCGAAGACUCAGCAAGCAAGACGAUACCCAUUCAGUAGUCCUCAUUUCAGACACGAUUCAUGUAUCUUUGCUACCCCUUAUCGAGAUGCCCAGAGAUGCCCGGCAAGAGGACGUCAUUCUCCUGCCGGCACUUUACAUGCGCUAA